AUGACUGUCGCCCCUCCCGCUAUCUUAUCAUCACGUGCCCAGGCGCAUCGUCGGCGGUUUGCGCGUCAAACGCCGAUUGAGUUCAAGAAAGUCUCUAUGUCGGGACCGUCAAGAUUUGUUUGCAAUGCUUGCAGAGGUGCUGUGCGGAGGACACGCACGCCCUUGUCAGCCUCCAAUGGCCUGAAGACUCGCGCCGCUUGGACCGCCAGCACGGCUUCGCAGAGAGCCUCGAGAAGCACCUUCAGCACAAGCAUACCACGCCGGAAGGACAAGCAAGACCCGGCAAACCCCGACCCAGAAUUCGCUUUCCUAGACGCCAAAGACCCCGUCGAAACCAAAGUCAACACACAAGAACCCGUUGUUGCGGCAGAAGACGCCAUCGAGCCCCCACGCGCCUCAGGCGCAAUCACCGAGUCCCCAGGCGAUGCACAUCCCACACCUUCCACACCUUCCACACCGUCCACAGCAGCUGCGACCAUCCCAUGGUAUCUGAAGCAGCAAUCCGUCCCGCGCGCCCCCGUCCAAGCCGCCGAGAUCCCAGACCUGCCCGUCAACCCCCCGCCCAUCCUGCCAGAACUCCUCGAAUACAUCGCCGUCACAGCCGGCCUCGACGACCUCAGCCUGCUCGACCUACGCGACCUCGACCCCCCGCCCGCACUCGGCCCCAAACUGAUCAUGAUCAUCGCAACCGCGCGCUCAGAACGGCACUUGCACGUCGCAGCGGACCGAUUCGCGCGCUGGCUGCGGCGCGAACACGGGCUCAAAGCGAACGCAGCCGGCCUGCUCGGCCGCAACGAGUUGAAAAUCAAGUUGAGGCGGAAGGCAAAGCGGAUGCGCAUGCUCGCCAACGUCGGCGGCGCGAUGCCCGAAGGCAACAUAGACGACGGCAUCCGCACGGGCUGGAUAUGCUGCACGCUGAGCAAAGUCGAGGCGCAUCCGGACGAUCUGCACAUGCCGGGCGAUGACGUGCAGGAGUUUGUUGGGUUUAGGGAGGUCAAGCCUGGUGUUAAUAUCGUGGUGCAGAUGUUCACCGAGGAGAAGCGGGCGGAGACCGAUCUGGAGACGCUGUGGGGCGGGGUAUUGCGGACGAAGAAGAGGGAGGAGAGGUCGGCGGAUGAGGUGUUGAGGGAGGUGGAGAGGGAUUUGGAGGAUUUGGAGGAUUUGGACGGGGAGGACGCGGAAGAGAGGGCGAAGAAUGUCAGAGAGGUAAAGGGAAGUGAGGCGGCGCCGCCAGCGCAGGAGCCUGCAUCGCCGGUGCAGCAGUUUCGCAGACCGAAAGCUUCGGCUGGAGAUGUGUUCCCGGAUGCAGCUGAGGUUGGCACUGCUAAGCAGAUGCGAGGGCAGAUGCGAGGGCAGAUGCGGAGGUUGCACACUGUUGGCCUGGGACGAUAGAAGCUUCGAGGUGAGUUACAUUUACUGCACAAUAUGCACGAUACCCACAGGAGGAGAUGUUGUAUAACAUGUAAGAGUAGUAGGAAAAACACAAAAUGCAUC